GCAAGACGAGCUCGCGGGCGAGGACAUUGACGAGCUGGCAGGAGACGUCGACGAGACGGAGGAGACGCAGCAGCUUCGCGGCGACGACGACGACGACGAGGACUUCAGCGACGAGGACGACUACGAGGAGUACGAGGAGCUUGAAAUCGACGAGGCGGACCGCGAGGCGUUCCUCGACAGCUACGUCCCGACGGGGCAGCUCGAGCCCGGUCGGACGCUCGCCGACCUCAUCAUGGAGAAGAUUGGGCAGCAGGAGCAGGCGGGCAAGGGCAAGGAGCCUGAGGUCGUUCGCGAGGCGCCGUCGGGCUUCAACCCCAAGGUCGUCGAGGUCUACACCAAGGUCGGCCAGCUCCUGUCGCGGUACAAGUCGGGCCCGCUCCCCAAGGCGUUCAAGAUCCUCCCGACGCUGCCCAUGUGGCCCUCACUCGUCAUGCUCACCAACCCGGAGACGUGGACGCCGCACGCGACGUACGCCGCGACGCGCAUCUUUGCGUCCAACCUCGACCCCAAGCAGAGCCAGAAGUUCUACAAGGAGAUCCUGCUCGAGAAGGUGCGCGAGGAGAUUGGCGAGUCGGGCAAGUUGAGCGUGCACACGUACAUGGCGCUCAAGAAGGCCAUUUACAAGCCGGCGGCGUUCUUCAAGGGCCUCUUGUUCCCUCUGUGCGAGAGCGGCACCUGCACCCUGCGCGAGGCGGCCAUCCUCGGCUCGGUCCUGACCAAGGUCAGCGUCCCCGUCCUGCACUCGGGCGCGGCCCUUCUCAAGCUCGCCGAGAUGGAGUACACCGGCCCUAACAGCGUCUUUAUCCGGGUCCUGCUCGACAAGAAGUACGCGCUGCCCUACAAGGUGGUCGACGCGCUCGUGUUCCACUUCCUGCGGUUCAAGCGCGACACGCGCCAGAUGCCCGUCCUGUGGCACCAGUCGUUCCUCGUCUUUGUCCAGCGGUACAAGUCGGACCUGACGGCCGAGCAGAAGGACGCGCUGCUCGAGGUGCUGCGGUACCAGGUGCACCACCAGAUCACGCCCGAGAUUCGCCGCGAGAUUGUCCACUCGGUCGCGCGCGGCGAGGAGAUCCUCCAGGCCGACACGAUGGAGGUCGAGAUCCAGUAGGGGGCCUUUGCGCUCUCGCUCUCGCUCUCGCUCUCGGUGUCUCUCGGUCGGCGGCGUCGAGGAGAAGGAGGAGGAGGAGGGGCCGUGUAGCUCUGUUGUAAACUCGUCGCGGUGCACCCUGUUCCACCCUGAUCUCGCGUCGCGCCCCCUCUCGCUACGCAAGCACGCUGCGCCUGAUGCCAGCCCACGACUUGCGCACCCACUCGAGGAAGAGGCCGGCGUUUUCCAUCUCCUUGCCGACGCGCGCGCCCUGGUCGAGGAGGCGGUCGGCGUACUGCUGCGCGGCGGCGAUGCGCUC